AUGAUGGCCUGGGUGGGGAACCAGACUCUCAUCUCCCACUUCAUCCUCCUGGGCCUCUUCACCCACUCGCAGCUGCAUAUCUUCCUCUUCUCCAUCAUCGUGGCCAUGUUUCUGGUGGCACUCUCUGGAAAUGGGCUCAUGAUUCUUCUCAUCAGCAUGGACUCCCGCCUGCACAGUCCCAUGUACUUCUUCCUCAGCUGGCUGUCGCUCAUGGAUCUCAUGCUCAUCUCCACCAUCGUGCCUCGGAUGGCAGCCGACUUCCUCCUGGGCGGUGGCUACAUCUCCUUCACAGGCUGUGGAUUGCAGAUCCUCUUCUUCCUCACCCUGCUGGGGGAUGAGUGCUUCCUGCUGGCCUUCAUGGCCUACGACCGCUAUGUGGCCAUCAGCAACCCGCUGAGGUACUCGAUAGUCAUGAGUCCCCGCACAUGCUGGCUCAUGGUGGCAGGGUCCUGGCUGUUUGGGCUGGUGGAUGGGCUGAUCCAGGCAGUCUUUACACUGCGCUUCCCCUACUGUGGCUCACAGGAGAUUGACCAUUUCUUCUGUGAGGUCCCCGCAGUGCUCAAACUGGCCUGCGCGGACACCUCCCUGUAUGAUACCAUGAUCUAUGUGUGCUGUGUUCUCAUGCUGCUGCUGCCUUUCUCUGUCAUCUCCGCCUCUUACUUGAAGAUCUUGGUGGCUGUGGUCCAAAUGCACUCUGCAGAAGGGCGACAAAAGGCCUUUGCCACCUGCUCCUCCCACAUGAUGGUGGUCUCCCUCUUCUACGGGGCAGCCAUGGUCACCUAUAUGCGGCCCCAGGCCUAUCACUCCUCCAAGCAAGACAAGGUGGUUUCUGCCUUCUACACCAUGAUCACCCCCAUGCUCAACCCUCUCAUCUACAGUCUGAGAAACAAGGAAGUGGCCGGGGCACUGAGGAACUUCCUGGGAAAGUGCCCCUGUCAUGGGAAGUGCUAG